UGUGAUGUGUUGCGAGGCAGGGAGGUGACGAUCAUGGACGCCAUCACUGUGCACGACCUGCUGCUCAACACGACUGAACUGGAGAGCCUUCUAUGCAACUUGGGCAUCAAGAAUAUCUCAAAUUGCGCGAGUCAGAGAACAAUUCUGCAGCAGCAGGAAGAGCAAUCAGAUAUCAACAACGGGUUGCGCAUCUUCCUCUACCUCGCCAUCUUCCUGGUCGGUGUGACGGGCAAUGGGAUCAUCAUUGCGGUUCUGUCCCGGAACAAACGCAUGUGGACCAUCACCAACAUGUUCCUGCUGUCCCUGGCCGUCAGCGACAUGAUGGUCGCCCUGGUGUGCAUCCCCUUCACCCUCAUCCCCAACAUCAUGAAGAACUUUGUCUUUGGGAGCGGCACCUGCAAGAUGGUCAUGUACUUUAUGGGUAUCUCCGUGUGUGUCUCCGCCUUCACCCUGGUGGCCAUCUCCUUGGAACGCUACAGUGCCAUCUGCAAGCCGCUAACCUCCAGGACGUGGCAGACCAAAUCCCACGCCGUGAAGGUGAUCGGUGCCACCUGGAUUUCGGCCAUCCUGCUGAUGCUGCCUUAUCCAUUUUCCAGCACUCUGAAGCCCUUCACACGCCGCAACAACACUACGGGUUACAUGUGCCGUGUGGUGUGGCACAACGAUGCCAUCCUCAAGUCCUGGUAUGUGUCCUUGUUGGUGCUGCUCUUCUUACUGCCGGGGAUCAUUAUGAUGUUGGCCUAUGGACUCAUCUCUCUGGAGCUCUACAGAGGGGUCCGCUUUGAGCUCUCCGACAGGGCAUCAUCAUCAUCAUCAACUCGAGACAAACCAGUGAGCUUGAGAACUCGAGGGAGCGAUGGCGACGGCUGCUACGUGCACUUGAAAAGAGGAUCUACUCAAAGUGGAAGCAUCAGCGGCGCCUACGCUCCGGUCCGUGUGAGCCAACGCGGUAACAAGGCUAACCUGCUGAGCAAGAAGCGAGUGAUCCGCAUGCUCCUGGUCAUCGUAUUCCUAUUCUUCCUGUGCUGGACGCCCGUCUUUGUGGUCAACACCUGGCAGGCUUUCGACCAGGGCUCGGCCUACCGUCUCACAGGCGCGCCUAUUUCCUUCAUCCACCUGCUGUCGUACACCUCCACUUGCAUCAACCCCGUCAUCUACUGCUUCAUGAACAAGCACUUCCGCCACGCCAUGAUAGCCACAUUUUACUCAUUGCGCAUCCUCAAGGAGCACGCCAUUGACAUAUGGGGCAGGAUCACAGGUGCCAAAGUUUGCCAGGGAGAGGUCCGUCAGACCCGAGAGCAGAGACGGCAGAAAAGACAAGAGCAGAGAUGCCAAGGAGAGGCCAAGCAGAACUUGGAGCAGCGGGUUGAGCAGAUGGACAUCAUGAAGUCAAACAUCCAAGUGACUCCUGACGCGUGCCAUGACCCGGACGGUGUGGAGCUGUCCGUCAAGCCGUUUGUUGAGAACAUGGAGCUGAGCCCUGAGCACAGCAGCGAGCAGAAGAGUCAAGGCGUGCUGAGCAACAUGACCUCCUGCAUGAGCAUCAACAGCGUUCGCUCGCUACUGCCGCCUGAACUGGUCUGAAAGGCGUUACGAGACUCAGAGCGACAGGAAGCAACGUUGUGCUGUCACUGGACUCAUGGGAGCGUGACGCAGCACAACACUUGUAUGGGAUUUGGACUGGUAUGGAAAACAGGAGUGUCGUAGGAGUCACUGGUCAUGGUCAACCUCCCAGCUGUAAAUCUGCAACAAAAACAUUGAAAACUCCAGAAGAGCAACGACACUCACUUUCAGUCCUACAAGUGCUUGAAGGUACAAUGGCUGCCUCUAGAUUACAUCAGUGAGUACAUUGUCACUUUUUAAAUGUGAUUUAUUUAGCUAAGGUGUUGUUGUAUCUUAGACAAACGUUAUUGAUCCACAGGGGAAAUUGUUCCACACAGUAGCUCAGUUACAAAGGAUGGAAAGGAUAAUGCAGGUAUAAAGUAGACUAAAAUGUACCAUAGUAGCAAUAUAAAAUAUAUGUAAUAUUUACAUACAAUAUAUACUGAUAUAUUAUAAUUUUUAUAUAAUAUAUGCAAUUAUAUAUACAUUUUAGUAAUACACAUUUCAACCUUAGCCUUACUUGUGGGAGACAUCAACGCCUUGUGAAACACAAGGAGUGACACUGUGUCGCUUGAAACCUCAACGUGUGGGUUUUAUUUGAAGAAAAAAAACAUGUGCCCGAUACAGCUGCUGUGUCACUUGACUGCCAAGCACCAAACUGUAUUGAUCAACAAGUGACAGUUUGUACUAAAAUAAUUUGUAAGAGGGCCGCGCUGAAUUAAAUCGAACUGAAAAAAAAAAAAAAUUAAAUAGGAAAAUAAAUGGUUAAGAAUACAGCCUGCUCAGUGGCCUUGUGGUUAGAGUGUCCGCCCUGAGAUCGGUAGGUCGUGAGUUCAAACCCCGGCCGAGUCAUACCAAAGACUAUAAAAAUGGGACCAAUUACCUCCCUGCUUGACACUCAGCAUCAAGGGUUGGAAUAGAGGGUUAAAUCACCAAAAUAUUCCCGGGCGCGGCCACCGCUGCUGCUCACUGCUCCCCUCAUCUCCCAGGGAGUGAACAAGGGGAUGGGUCAAAUGCAGAGGACAAAUUUCACCACACCUAGUGUGUGUGACAAUCAUUGGUACUUUAACUUUAUUAUUUGGCUCAUUAACCACAGUUGUGCAUUUUAUAUUAUUUUCUGUGCAACUAUUUGUUCAUAUUAUACAAAUUAUAUUUGCCGACUAUUAGUUUUACUUGCCGGUCAAAUAUACCGAUUUAGUGGAUUAUCAUUAUGAAACACCAACACAGUAUCAGUGCAGCGUCAAUACAGCUAGCGAGUGUGCCAUACACUUACUGAGGCAUCAUUUACACGUCACUACUAAAUUGGGGUCCUACCAGAUUCGUCUACAAUCUGUUCAGACAGCUACUGUACUGUACUGUUGGACAUUAGCCUUAUCUUUCGUUUUCUAUACCCGUGGUGGGACGCGGUGCACCUGCACCAUCAAAAGGUUUGAUUCCUGGUACUGUCCAGUGGAGAAAGAAUGAGGUCAUACCUUGCAGUGUAAAUAUCACUUCUGCGUGCCUAUAUUGACAACACAGCCAUGUUAUCUUAUAGAUAAUUGAAUGUCAAAUAAUGCUCAUGUUGUUAUGUGUGUGAUUAGUCAUUAAAUACAUAAAAAAGUAAGACUUUAUAACACUUUUUAUUCUCAUUUUUAUGACAUUUUUUGUGUUUUAAUGACAGACUGGAGCAUGACCCGGAGCUGGAAUAUGUACA